CCAAAGUUCAAUAUCCGGUUCCUCUAUAAUCGUCGGCAAAAUGGGUAUAUCCCGUGACCAUUGGCAUAAGCGGCGAGCUACAGGUGGUAAGAGGAAACCCCUUCGCAAGAAGAGGAAAUUUGAGUUAGGCCGGCCAGCAGCAAAUACCAAGCUUGGUGCCAAACGAAUCCAUACAGUCAGGACAAGGGGUGGUAAUAAGAAGUACCGUGCACUUCGGUUGGAUCAAGGCAAUUUUUCCUGGGGUUCAGAAUGCUGUACUCGCAAAACACGUAUCAUUGACGUAGUAUACAAUGCCUCGAAUAACGAACUGGUGCGCACAAAGACGCUUGUAAAGAAUGCCAUUGUAGUGAUUGAUGCUACACCAUUCCGGCAGUGGUACGAAGCUCAUUAUGCUCUGCCACUUGGGAGGAAGAAGGGAGCAAAGUUGACUGAAGCAGAUGAAGCUGUAUUGAACAAGAAGCGGUCAAAAAAAGUGGAGAAGAAAUACAAAGCUCGGGAGAGGCUAGCCAAAGUAGAAGCAGCUCUUGAGGAACAAUUCCAAGCAUCAAGAGUGCUUG